CGCCUGCUGGAAGUGCAGGGCUCGCGGCCUGGGAAGAAUGUACAGCUGACAGAGAAUGAGAUCCGUGGCCUGUGCCUCAAAUCCCGGGAGAUUUUCCUGAGCCAGCCCAUCCUUCUGGAGCUGGAGGCACCCCUCAAGAUCUGCGGUGACAUCCAUGGCCAGUACUACGACCUUCUGCGGCUGUUCGAAUACGGGGGCUUCCCUCCAGAGAGCAACUACCUCUUCCUGGGGGACUAUGUAGACCGGGGCAAGCAGUCGCUGGAGACCAUCUGCCUGCUGCUGGCCUAUAAGAUCAAGUACCCCGAGAACUUCUUCCUGCUCCGUGGGAACCACGAGUGUGCCAGCAUCAACCGCAUCUACGGCUUCUACGAUGAGUGCAAGAGGCGCUACAACAUUAAACUGUGGAAAACCUUCACCGACUGCUUCAACUGCCUGCCCAUUGCAGCCAUCGUGGACGAGAAGAUCUUCUGCUGCCAUGGAGGUCUGUCCCCCGACCUACAGUCCAUGGAGCAGAUUCGGCGUAUCAUGCGGCCCACAGAUGUGCCUGACCAGGGGCUGUUAUGUGACCUGCUGUGGUCUGACCCUGAUAAGGACGUGCAGGGCUGGGGCGAGAAUGACCGUGGUGUCUCCUUUACCUUUGGGGCUGAGGUGGUGGCCAAGUUCCUACACAAGCACGACUUGGACCUCAUCUGCCGGGCACACCAGGUGGUAGAAGAUGGCUAUGAGUUCUUUGCCAAGCGGCAGCUGGUGACACUCUUCUCAGCUCCCAACUACUGCGGCGAGUUUGAUAAUGCUGGCGCCAUGAUGAGUGUGGACGAGACACUCAUGUGCUCCUUCCAGAUCCUCAAGCCCGCCGACAAGAACAAGGGGAAAUACGGGCAGUUCAGUGGCCUGAACCCCGGUGGCCGGCCCAUCACCCCGCCCCGUAACUCCGCCAAAGCCAAGAAAUAGCCUCCACGUGCCGCCCUCUGCCCUACCUGGUGGAUUGUACAGAAACCACGCAGCAUGGGGGGUCAUGCUGACUUCCUAGGCCUGCUGUCACAGGGAACAUGGAGCCUUGAUGUUUUUUUUCCCUUUUUUUAAUGAAUCAAUCGCAGUGUCCAAGCCCCCAGGGCUCCCUCUGCCUGUGCCUCGGUGGCUGCAAGCAGGAUCCUGGGGCUGAGGCUGCAGCUCAGGGCAAAGCAGGGCCAGAUUGAGGGUCUCCAGCCUUGCUUGGCCUCAGGGCUGGCAGCCGGAUCCUGGGCAACCCAUCUGGUCUCUUGAAUAAAGGUCAAAGCUGGAUUCUU